GCGUGAUGACCUUGUGACGUCAGGAUUAGCAUCCCGGAAGGAACCAAGAAACUAGUCGUUACCGGCGCUGUGGGACUAUGAGGAGCCGGGGGAAGGGCGGGCUGCGUUAAGAAGAGCGGGACUGUCGGGAGGCAUGGAAUAGUUAUGAGUAAAGGCACCGCCCCUCAAUCCUUCUCCUAGUCCUGUGCUCCCCAUGACUGACACGACUCAAACAUCAGGAAUCUGACAGAUACCCCCACAUCCUAAUCAACGUGGCUCUGGUGUCAGGUCUUGGGGAGGCCUCAGCGGUUAAAUGAAUUCUGUGUCCCCGCUGGCCACACAAUAUGGAAGCCCCAAAGCUUCACGGUCGACAGAAAACCGCAGGACUCAGCGUGGGUACCAUGAGCAGAGAAAGGGCUACCAAGAUGCCACUCCAGAGGGAGAAGCUGAUGAAGUGGAUAAACUGAAAAGCAAACUGCUGAGCGCUUGGAACAAUGUCAAGUAUGGCUGGUCAGUGAAAAUGAAAACCACUUUCAGCCGUUCUGCACCUGUGUAUUUGCUGGGAGAACGCUACUGCUUCAGGCUGGAUGAUGAAAUUGAUCGGUUUCAGAAGGAUUUUGUGUCCCGGGUGUGGCUGACGUAUAGACGUGACUUUCCUGCCCUUGAGGGAACAGCACUCACUACAGACUGCGGAUGGGGCUGCAUGAUCAGGAGUGGCCAGAUGUUACUGGCGCAAGGUCUGCUCAUGCACCUGCUUUCCCGAGAAUGGACUUGGCCAGAGGCCUUAUACACCCACUUUGUAGAAAUGGAACCCAUUCGGUCUUCGUCUCCAUCCAGAAUGCCCCUCUCUUCCUUGGCCACAAGCCAUUCAGCCAGUGACUGUUGGCCUCACGCUCACAGUUCCAGAGCUCCUCAUGGAAAUCAAGUCCAUCGGAACAUAAUUCGCUGGUUUUCAGACCAUCCAAGCGCCCCCUUUGGUCUGCACCGGAUGGUGGCAUUGGGAAGCAUCUUUGGAAAAAAAGCCGGAGACUGGUAUGGCCCCAGUAUUGUGGCGCACAUUAUAAAAAAAGCAAUAGAAACCUCAUGUGAAGUAGCAGAACUGUCUGUCUAUGUGUCUCAGGAUUGCACAGUGUAUAAGGCAGAUAUUGAGCAGCUCUUUGCUGGAGACGUUCCACACGCUGAGACCAGCAGGGAUGCAGGGAAAGCCGUCAUUAUCCUGGUGCCCGCACGACUCGGUGGAGAAACCUUCAACCCAGUUUAUAAACACUGUCUCAAGGAGUUCCUGCGGAUGCCAUCAUGUUUGGGCAUUAUUGGAGGAAAACCUAAACACUCACUCUAUUUCAUUGGAUACCAAGAUAAUUACCUGCUGUACCUGGAUCCACAUUACAGUCAGUCAUACAUUGAUACCAGCAGGAAUGACUUCCCAUUAGAGUCUUUCCACUGUAACACUCCUCGUAAAAUCUCCAUCACCAGAAUGGAUCCCAGUUGCACCUUCGCUUUCUAUGCCCAAAACCGCGAUGACUUUGGUAAACUCUGCGACCAUCUAAUGAAGGUGCUGCACUCCCCCCAUGCCGAGGAGAAAUAUCCCAUUUUCAGUAUCUCCGAAGGACAAGUUCAGGAAUAUGCUGAGGGGCUGCAGAGCGUCUCCCACCCCCCUGUGUGUCGCAAGAAAGGGCCCUUGUCGACGAGAUCCAGCUCAGAUGAGUUUGAAUUCCUGUAAAGUGCAAGUGUUGUGCCCAGGUUGUGAUGCGCCCAGCAGUCAAAAAUACACAGUGAGACCGUUAAGAGAGUGAAGAGUGUGGUACUGCUGGGAGAAGCCCACUGCACUCUACUAUUUAGUCCUGCUAGAGACUAGUGUUACAUACUACUGCUCUUAGGUCACUUAGCUACUGCCCAAUACCUUAAUCCUUAAAUGGGUUUGAGUACAGGGCCCCUUUAAUCUUCCAACUCACCUUCAACCCAAUAAAUAGCGCUAGUAGGGAAA